AUGGUUAUACCCACCAUUACCCACGUGGUUAUACCCCCAUUACCCACGUGGUUAUACCCACCAUUACCCACGUGGUUAUACCCCCAUUACCCACGUGGUUAUACCCACCAUUACCCACGUGGUUAUACCCACCAUUACCCAUGUGCCAAACUGGACGGGGUCAAGACAUACAUGCGCAUGCGCAGAGUGCCGGCGCACCUCCAGGCCAAGGUCAUCAAGUGGUUUGACUACCUAUGGCUGACCCAGAAGUGCUCGGACGAGGAGAAGGCUGUCAGCUGUUUACCAGACAAGCUCAAGGCUGAGAUGGCUAUUCACGUCCACCUGGACACACUCAAGAGAGUGGAGAUCUUCCAGAACACGGAGGCGGGCUUCUUGUGUGAACUGGUGCUACACCUCCGACCAGUUCUCUUCUCUCCCGGUGACUACAUCUGCAGAAAAGGGGAGGUGGGGAAGGAGAUGUACAUCGUCAACAGAGGGAAGCUGCACGUGGUGGCUGACAACGGCAAGACUAUGCUGGCAACACUGAAGGCUGGCUCAUACUUCGGCGAGAUCUCCAUCCUUAAUAUGGGCACUGCUGGUAACAGGCGGACGGCGUCGGUGCGGUCAGUGGGCUACAGUGACCUCUUCGUGCUCUCCAAGAAGGACAUGUGGGACGUGCUGAAGGAGUACCCCGCCGCCCGGGUCAGACUCGAGGCCAUCGCCGCCAAGAGGCUGGAGAAGUACAAGAAGGCGCCGCUGGAGAAAGCCGCCAUGGGUAGGAGUAGCUCUACCCCGGGGCUGGUGGAGUCUUCUGGCAGAGUGCCCCUGGAGGACAUGUGGCUGCCCUCGGCGCCCCCGCUCAAGCUUCCCCCGCUCUGCCCCACACCUGGCUACAGUCCCAUCACCAGCCCCAGGAGCCGGGCACACCGUUCCCAGACCCUGGAGUCGGAGAGAUUCACCCUGGAGUCGGCCUUGAGUGAUUCCUCCUCCAGACACUCUACCGACGACGACAAGGCCGGACACACCCUCCAGCGUCCCUUCUCCCAGGGGCCACCCCCACACUCCACAGGCACAACGGCCAGCGUGACGUCAUACGACAGUGCAGAGAAGCGGUCGACAAUCACCUCCCCGAGCAACGUGUUGUCGCCCUUAACGUCGCCCAACUACGCCACGGGGGAGAUAGCCUACACCCUACCGGUCCCGCCCCCGCCCUCGGGGGACCACAACGCCUCCCCAGCCUCGGACCUGGGGCUCUCCCCAGCCUCCCUCCUCGUCGUCUCCCCAGGUAUGAUACUGCAGGGGUCCCACAGCGCCGGGGCGUUACCCAGGGACUCGUCCCCCCAGGAGCUCCUGCUGGGGGAGAUCCGGCGCCUGCGGGAGCGGUUAGUAAGCCUGGAAGCUGAGAACGCCACAAUGACCCUGAAGCUGAGUCAGCAGCAGUGGGAGGUGGAGCACCGCCUCCAUGAGAUCGAGAUGCAGCUCUGUGCCAACUCCAGCAACACCUCCAGUGCAGACGACAACGAGAGGAACAGAGAGAGCAUUAUCUAGACUCCUCAGACCGGCAGGAGGGUUGAACAGGUGCCAGGGAGGAGUCUCUCUGGGUGGUGUGACAUGAUCUCCUAGGGAAUGAUCUCUAUACAAAUGAUCUCCUAGGGAAUGAUCUCUAUACAACAGUAUAGAGAUCAUCCCCUAGGCUCCUACACAGGUGUUCUAGAGAUGUUCUUCCUACCCUCAGCUCCAACGCUGGUGUUCUAAGGGUGUUCUUCACCUAUACACCCUGGUCUGACGCGAAAACCUUCUGGUAAACGCACCUUUACCAAAUAUAGACCGAUUUGCAAUAAUUCUCGUAACGUUUCAUAUUGUUCUUCACAAACGCUGGUAACCUUGAAAGGUUUUUUCAGAUAUUUGGAAUAUUUAUUAAAAGUUAAUGAAAUAACAUAAAUUUCAUCACAUUUUUGCUGUUUCAUUAAACUCUAUAUAACAUUGCAACAAAUUAUAGUCAAUUUUAUACUUACAAUUCAACUAUUUUGUAUGUUCACCAGAUAUAUACUUUUUUACAAGCAAUAUUACUAAAAUAAAUUCUAUGAAAUCUCCACAAUAAUAGAAAUAUUGUUUUAAAAAGGUCUUGAUGUCUCGAGAUGUCUCGAUGUCUCAAAGAUGUCUCGAGUCUCAAAGAUGUCUCUAGCCUCAAAGAUGUCUCGAUGUCUUAAAGAUGUCUCAAAGAUGUCUUGAUGUCUCAAAGAUGUCUUGAAGAUGUCUCGAUGUCUCAAAGAUGUUUCGAGUCUCAAAGACGUCUCGAGUCUCAAAGACGUCUCGAGUCUCAAAGACGUCUCGAGUCUCAAAGAUGUCUCGGGGUCUCAAAGAUAUCUCGAGUCUCAAAGAUGUCUCGGGGUCUCAAAGAUGUCUCGAGUCUCAAAGAUGUCUCGAGAAACAUCUUUUAUCAAAAAUAUUAAUAAACAUAUUACAGGUGUUUGAUAAAACAUAUGGCAAGUCAUUCUGCAAAUAAUUGUAACAUAUUACCUAACUUGUAAUUAAAGUCAAUAAUGUGUAUAAUGUUGUAUUCAAGUUAAAGUAAUCUGGAAUUUUGAAAUAUUUAUUGUAUGAUUAUUGUAAGUUAUACCAUUUUGUAUAAUGAGUUACCAGAUUACAUAUUGUGUUGUCAAGAGUUACCAGAUUACAUAUUGUGUUGUCAAGAGUUACCAGAUUACAUAUUGUGUUGUCAAGAGGUACCAGAUUACAUAUUGUGUUGUCAAGAGGUACCAGAUUACAUAUUGUGUUGUCAAGAGGUACCAGAUUACAUAUUGUGUUGUCAAGAGUUACCAGAUUACAUAUUGUGUUGUCAAGGGGUACCAGAUUACAUAUUGUGUUGUCAAGGGGUACCAGAUUACAUAUUGUGUUUUCAAGAGGUACCAGAUUACAUAUUGUGUUGUCAAGGGGUACCAGAUUACAUAUUGUGUUGUCAAGGGGGGUACCAGAUUACAAAUUGUGUUGUCAAGGGGUACCAGAUUGCAAAUUCUGUUGUCAAGAGUUACCAGAUUACAUAUUGUGUUGUCAAGAGGUACCAGAUUACAUAUUGUGUUGUCAAGAGGUACCAGAUUACAAAUUGUGUUGUCAAGGGGUACCAGAUUACAAAUUCUGUUGUCAAGGGGGGUACCAGAUUACAAAUUGUGUUGUCAAGGGGUACCAGAUUGCAAAUUCUGUUGUCAAGGUUUACCAGAUUACAUAUUGUGUUGUCAAGGGGGGUACCAGAUUACAAAUUGUGUUGUCAAGAGGGUACCAGAUUACAAACUGUGUUGUCAAGGGGGUACCAGAUUACACAUUGUGUUGUCAAGGGGGGUACCAUAUUAAAAAUUGUGUUGUCAAGAGGGUACCAGAUUACAAAUUGUGUUGUCAAGGGGGGUACCAGAUUACAAAUUGUGUUGUCAAGGGGGUACCAGAUUAUAAGUUUUAGAGGUAGACUAUAAUGUCAAAGGAAGUACCAAAUUGUAAACUCGAGGGAUAUGUCAGUCCACUCACUAUCCCUUUCAACACCCCACUCAUUACCCCACUCACCACCCCUCUAACUAAACCCCCCCCCCCUCACUAAACAACACGAACAUUGAUAUUUAUGAAAAGAGCAGAGAAGUGUUCAACGCAGAAAGCUGACACGGCCCCCCAGCUUAUUGGCUGGGACGCCUACCCAAGUGUGAGCCUCUGAGCAGCUUAGCUAGGAUUCCUGCCCUGUGACCAAGUGGUUGGCUAGGACUCCUAGAACACACACACACAUACACACACACACACUCACUCUGCAAGACCAAUAUGCAGUGCAGCACACCAGCAGCAAUAGUCUGCUGCCACUGCAUAAAUAAUAUCUCUCAUGUACAGGAAUAGCUCUAUGAGUUGACAGAAAAUAUCUAUGGAGGGUCAACAGGAGACGCACGCAAGUCCUUCACUCACGCAAGUCCUUCACUCACGCAAGUCCUUCACUCACGCAAGUCCUUCACUCACGCAAGUCCUUCACUCACGCAAGUCCUUCACUCAGUAUUUUGUAGCCCUUA